AUGCCGGCUGACUUCGCGUUCGUAACUGUCGGCAGUUCGGGACGGACACAGCCCACAGACCGAUCAGUAAUUCGUAGUCGAUGUAUGAUCGGUAAGAAUCGACAAGAAGGCUCGCGGCGAUCCAAACAAGCUGCUCGUAAAGUGCAGAGGGCAGCCGCUCAAACUGCGAGCGAGAAUGCCGGGCUCCAGUCGCUUCAUCAUUCGGCUUCCCCUAUCAAGCCUUGGCCUUGCACCGCGUAUAAUGAGAAGCAGCAAGCUGAAGAACAUUCUCAGGCUCCGAGCACAGGAGAGGUCGCUCAAGAUGAUACCUCGGCUUUGAUGCCUCCGGUCCCUCAUCCGCCACCCAGCGACAUGUCUCUGAUUCGCUUCGCAGAAGAGUUGGAAAGGCCAUCUCAGGAAAUACUCUUCAGAUUGGUCAACUUCAAUGCUCUUAAGGGCACCUUCUAUCCCAUUGAGCACUGCGUCGACCUCCCUCGCAGCGCGAAUUCUGAAGCACUCUCAUUUUCUUGGAUUCUCCAGGACAAAAUCUUCCUACACAGCGCCUUAUUCUACUCAUCCGCCGUACAUGAACAUGUCCAGCGCCGUCAGCCAGGAAGAACGACACAAUUUCAUCUCAGACGCACAAUCAAACUCCUCAAUGAGGCGCUUUCUCAGCCAGACUCACAUCGUAACGAGGCAAUCUUCCACGUCAUACUCACUCUAGCCUUAAUGGCAGGUCUUUGGGGUGACUUCAGCACCACAGCCGUACACCUAUCAGGCUUACAGCAGAUCGUGCGACUUCGUGGAGGGCUCAAGUAUCUUCGAAGUCAUCCGAAGCUACAUUUUAAGCUCGAUCGGUGA